AUGGAGCUGGCGCGCGGCCAGCGCCCCAGCCUUGCUGCCACCGCGGAGCCAGACUGCUUACUCGGCAGGAAUCGGCGGCUCGCGGCCCCGUGGGCGCGCGGCCAACACGCGCGCGCUCCCCGGCCCCCGCACCCGCGCCGUCGCCGCCGUAGGGCACAGGGCCCCGGGGGAGGGUGGGGGGGGAGGGGACCGCGCCGAGCAGCCCCGGGAGCGCAGCGCGCACUCUGGCGGGCUCUCUGCCUCGCCGCGCGGCGGCUUUGCAGACAAAUAAGGAGGCGGAGGCGGCGGUUUGGGGGCGUGCCAGGCGCGGAGGCGGCCCGCCAAGGAGAGGCGGCGCAGCCCUACUGUAAUAAUAAACCUGCGGCCGGGGCAUCUGAGGGAACCGGGACAGCCACGGCCCUGCCGCCUUCCCUUUUAUGUGCCUGUCCUGAGCACAGCAGAAAAUGGUGCCCACGGCAGCAUCAGGGAGCGCACGGAGGCCCCCAUUCUUGCUGGUCCGGGCUCCCCGCGGCGAUCGCCCCCGCGCGGGGAAAGCCCGAGGCUGGAACCCGCGAGGCUGGCGCAGCGGGGUCAGGGGCUGCGGGCAGGAGGACGCACACGCGCACGGUCGCGUGCACAAUCACACGCGCGCACUCGGACACGUUCAGUCCUGCGCGCGCACUGACUGUACGAGAAGGGCUGCCUGAAACAUCUAAGGCGCAGACACAGACACAGGCAGAGGGAGUAACCCAUGAAGACAGAGGAUGCAAAGAGCUAUGUACCAGGCAAAGAGAUUUCCAAAAAGGCCAAAAGCCCCCAGGACAUCACCACCUAAAGUUUCCAGAGCAGCACAAGCUCGAUUUAUCUAAAAUUGAAGUUGUCAUCUCCCUUGGAAAGUUGAGAACAUCUUCUGCUCUGUUUAUGUCCGUGCGCACAUUUACACAUAUUUUCUCAGUAGAGGUGGAAAAGCCCUUCAAACCUUUCUUCCACUUAAUCUUGAGUUUUCAUGAACUCAUCUAUUAAUCAGGGUCCUUCAAGUGUCGGCUUAAGCAUCACAGCACCUCUCUUAUACUCCUGGACCAUUUAUCACUUCAGCAAGUACUGAGCAUUUGUCUACUAUGAAAAGACAAGGUGUGAGUCAGCUCAGAGUGAUGGACACAUUCCAUCCAACUGCACUGUCCUGGUGGCACGUGAUGCUGCGAAUAAUCAUGAAGACACAAGCAGUAAGUAAGUAAGGCAUUUGAAGAUAAAGGAUACUAACAACAGAGGACUGGUGAAGAACGGGAAGGAGACUGAUGGGAGAAGUGGUCAGGAAAGGUCUUUCUCAGUGACAUUGCACUGAGGCUGGACUCACGAAAUGGACCCAGCAAUUGAAAGAGCCAAGGAAUGAACAUUCUUAUUAAAGCAAAAAGGAUGAUGCAAAAGUCAUCGGGCAUAAGCCAGUGGGAAUUUCCAAAACAUAGGUAAGCUUGAGUGACAUCAUUGGCUAGAUUAUGGUGAGCACAGAAGCAGGAACUGUAGGGAAAACACCCCCACUGGGGCUGACUUCAUCUAAUCUGACCGUGGAUUACCAUGUAAAUAAUGUGGCUGAAAUCACAGACAGCACACACAGCUAACAAGGAACAAAGAUUUAAAAACAAAUAUUUUCUGACCAGAGGCUUCAUAAUAUGCUAUAUUUUGAAUAUAUGUAUUAUAUAAAUAGAUAUGUACUAAUGGCAUAUUUAAAAGCAGAAUCUUAUUAUGCCAAGAAAAGUCAGCAUUUCCCUAUUUCAGUGGAAACCAAAAUGAAGACAAAAUCCACAAGAAUUUGCUUUCUAUGACAUGAGUUAUAGACACUGAGCAAAAAUUCGUGGUUGUAGAAUGAUUUUUAAGUUUCCCCUUAAAAUAGCGUAUAGAUGGGGCUGGAGAGAUGGCUCAGUGGUUAAGAACCCUUCCAGAGGUCCUGAGUUCAAUUCCUAGCAGCCACAUUACUAUCUGUAAUGGAAUCCAAUGUCCUCUUCUGGUGUGUCUGAAGAUUUUAUGCAUAUGCAUAAGAUAAAUAAAUAAUUCUUUAAAAUAGUUUACAGAUUGUUAAAUAUAAUAUUAUGAGACACAGUAAUAGGGGAAUGUUUUAGAGGACUUGUCAAUGUUACAAGUUCACUGGAGUUUAAAACUGGAAAGUGCUUCAGACUCCUUCACUCUAACACAAAACUCCUAGAUCUAGAAUAUGCAAUAGAAUCGCUGUGUGAAAACUUACAAGUAAUGUCUUACAACUGAAUGCAAUUCUUCAGUUGUACUCAAGUUGCGGUUUUUUAAAUUAUUGCUUCAAAUCCUGUCAAGAGUUUAUUUUUACAGUGCUCAACAAAAAAUCAGAAUUGAAGAGGUUGCUUUUUAUUUUAAAUUUAGAGUUAUUAGAUAGUUUUGAAAUAUUAUUUAAGUAUUUAUUUGACAUUUUAUCUAUCCUCUAUCACUAAAUGUAAGUAAAUGAUUUUAGGAUUAUUUUGGUCAUUAAGGUAAAGCUAUCCUCAAAAAACAAACAAACAAAACAAGCAAAAGACUGAAACAAAACAAAACCUCUGUUGAACUAAUAUUCUAGCUUUCUGAAGUCCAGAAGGCCAAUUACAAUAUAUAAAUUGCAAUGCAUUCAUGGCACUUAGGGAACAUCUGUAUGCAUUUGAUGAGGCCAUGCCAUUCCCCCACCAAGGAACAGGUGUAUGGCCUCAGAAAUGUAAUAGCUUCAUCCAGACAGUCAUUAGCACACAGAUAGGGAUCUAUUGUUCCAGGAUAGUAGUACAGUUCUCUUGAAGAACACAAGUGAAAUUGCCUUAACACAGCACCAUAGAUAAGUUAUUUUAGUGAAAAGACAAUUUUUCAUUAUCUAUUAAUAACCAUAAUAUGAAUUAGUCCAUCUCACAGAACAACAACUUUGGAUUGAGCAGCAUUGCCUUGUUAUUAAUGGUUACUGCUGCUUCGUGUCUCUUAAACAGCAUGUUGGAGAUACCCACAGGAUCUACUUGAAGUUCUUUGUUUAUUUGUAUUCAAAUAAAGCCGACACAGUCUUGAGACUUCUCGACGUUUGUGAUACUGCUUUCUAGUUUUUGACACAAUAAAAUAUAAUAAGAUGAAGC